AUGCCUUUUCAACUGAUACCGUCUUGUGUUUCUCACCACCCUGGCUUGUUUCUUACAGCUGAUGUAGAAGGCCAAUCAUUAAGACACCGAGACAAGCGGCUUAGUUUAAAUUUGCCGUGCGGGUUCUCCCCCAUGUCCCCUACGGCUUCAGGAGGGGCUGAAGACGGCUACGUGCCCAUGGGCCCCCAGGCGGCCAUCUCUGGUCUUGGAGCCCGCUGCAGCCAUGACGACUACAUCCCAAUGAGCCCAGGAAGCAUCUCAAGCCCGCUGCCUGAGCUGCCUGUGGACCUGGAGCCUCCGCCAGUGAACAGAAAUCUCAAGCCUCAGAGGAAACCACGGCCACCUCCCCUGGACCUGAGAAACCUCUCCACCAUCCGGGAACAUGCGUCUCUAACCAGGACCUGCACUGUACCUUGCAAUCGAACCAGAUUUCUCUCUCCAGAAAGAAACGGUAUUAAUUCUGCAAGAUUUUUUGCCAAUUCUGUUUCCAGAGAAGAGGAAGAAAGCUACAUCCAAAUGAAUCACAGAACAGCCAACUCCCUAAGCAGCGGUGCUCUGACAUGGACAAAGAAAUUCAGCUUGGAUUAUUUAGCUCUGGACUUCAAUUCAGCAUCACCAGCCCCUAUACAGCAGAAACUUCUCCUUUCAGAAGAGCAAAGAGUCGACUAUGUCCAGGUGGAUGAGCAGAAGACCCAAGCCCUCCAGAGCACAAAGCAGGAGUGGACGGAUGAGAGGCAAUCUAAAGUUGAUGACAUUCGAUAUAAGUGCAGAACACACUUGGAAAGUUGAGUAUGUGAACAUAGGCCCCCAUUGCCAUUUGCAAGCACAGCAAACCUAACCGAACUCACAGGGAAUCACCUACAUCCACGUUAUUUUGCUACGAACAGUUGAGCACUGCUCCGCCGAACCCCAUCUUGACACCUCUUUUCUUCAUCAGAAACUAACUGCAGUAAUUGGCAAAGUCCGUGACCCUCCCUGAUCUUCCUCAUUACUGACCUUAAAAAGCCACAGCUCCAGCCUGCCUCUCCCCAGCAGAAGUGUCCUGGGCCACCACCCUCUCUCCAUGGCUGAGGCUCCCAGCUGCUCUGGAUACUGGGUCAGUGGCCUCUCUACGCCAUGAAGCAAGGAAGGGACAACCGGAGUGCUGGGGGCUCAGGUUUGGGGCAGCAGGCCAAAGGCAGAGAGAGGAGAAGAAGCCACAUGAAAUUACUUGCCCCUGAGAAGUACGAAGCUGACCUCAUGAAUGCUUUUUCCCAGCACACCCCGGCCCAAGCCCCUGACCCAGAGAAGAGCAGGUUGGCCCACAGGGCUGGUGCUCUCUUGGGAUAUGCACCCUAGGACCCAGCCAUCAUGCUAUGAGGAAGCCUGCACCACAUGGAAAGGAACCGAGGCCAUUGGCCCGGAGACUGUGGGACUGAGGCCUCUUGGAAGCAGAUUCUCGGAGCCCGACACUCAGCCCCCGGCGGCGCCAUCCCGUGGAGCAUACGUGAGCCUGACCCCCGGGGACUGCCCAAGCAGGGCAACUAAGUGGCUGGUUUAAGUCACUAGGUUUGGGUGUGGUGGUUAUGUAACUGUAGUUACUAGACCACCAACCCAAGACAGCGGAGACAGGAAUUGAAAAUACCAAAUUUGUACAUUCUACUGUAUUAGAAGGUAGUGAAUGGCAUGGAAAAUAAAAGGCAGUCGGAAAGGAAUUGCCUGUGUGUGGGUCUGUGGGGGGCCAGCUGCUUGAGGAAGUAGGGUGAGAAUAUGAGCUUUGGGAAGACUUGAAGGAGAUGAGGGAGUAAGCCAGGAGCUGCAGGUGACCAAACACGGCAGGGAGAACAGACCGCAGGGCCCUAAUUCAGAAAACCUAGAAUGUUGAAGGCACAGCCAAGAAGCUUUGUUGGUCAAUGUUAAGACCUUUGCUUAUGUUCUGGGUGAGAAUGGAGCCAGUGAAGGGAAUUGAGCAGUGGAGACACAUGAUCUGACUCAACAUUUUGAAAGCAAGAAUCACUGUAGCUUCUCUGUUGAGAACAGAGUGUAAGAGGUUAACACUAGAAUCAGGGACAGCAGGUGGCAGAUUACUGCAUUCACACCCGCCAGAAGACAGCUGCCUGGACCCCCACGGGGUUAUCAAUAGAAGGCGUGAGAUGGCCUAUUCUAAACAGUUGGAAUAGAAACAACCUGCUGAAGAAUUGGACGGGUGCCAGGAGAUGAAGAGGCGUCAAGAAGGAUUCUGGGGGUUUUCCCUAAACAACUUGAAGAAUGAGCUCAACAUCCCAAACAAAAGUUAGAAAGACUGGGUGAAAAAGUCUUCUAGGGAUCAGGAGCCAGAGACCCAAAGCUUUUCAGAACCACCAAGACCUACCCUGGAAAAGGGGAGAGACUUGGGGUACCCAGUGGCUCAGUCAGUGAAGCCUCUGCCUUGGUCUCAGGUCAUGAUCCUGG